AUGACCCACCAACUACGAAAAUCCCACCCAAUCAUUAAACUCAUCAACCGCUCCCUAAUUGACCUACCAACACCCUCAAACAUCUCCGCUUGAUGAAACUUUGGAUCACUACUAGGCCUAACCCUAUUAAUUCAGAUUCUAACAGGAUUCUUCUUAAUAAUGCACUUUUCAUCAAGCGAUACUCUAGCAUUUUCAUCUGUAUCCUACACCUCCCGCGAAGUCUGAUUUGGAUGACUCAUCCGCAACCUCCACACAAAUGGGGCCUCCCUGUUCUUUAUAUUUAUCUUUCUUCACAUCGGACGAGGCCUAUACUACACAUCAUAUCUUCACGAAAGCACAUGAAAUAUUGGAGUAAUCAUACUUCUACUCCUAAUAGCCACAGCAUUUAUAGGCUAUGUUCUCCCAUGAGGACAAAUAUCAUUCUGAGGAGCAACCGUAAUCACGAAUCUACUUUCUGCCACACCCUACGUUGGAAGCACUGUCGUGCCAUGAAUUUGAGGCGGCCCCUCUGUUGACAACGCAACACUUACACGCUUCACUGCCCUACACUUCCUCCUUCCAUUCGCCCUAUUGGCUUCACUCAUCACCCACCUGAUCUUCCUCCAUGAACGAGGAUCAUUUAACCCCCUAGGAAUUAGCCCAAAUGCUGACAAAAUCCCAUUCCACCCCUACUUCACCAUAAAAGACGCCCUAGGAGCAGCACUAGCUGCCUCCUCACUACUCAUCUUAGCUCUCUACCUACCAGCCCUAUUAGGGGACCCUGAAAACUUCACCCCAGCAAAUUCCAUAAUUACCCCAACACACAUCAAACCCGAAUGGUACUUCCUAUUUGCUUAUGCCAUUCUACGAUCUAUUCCAAAUAAGUUAGGAGGAGUACUAGCAAUAUUCUCAUCCAUUUUAGUCCUAUUCCUAAUACCCGCCCUACACACAGCAAAACAACAACCAAUAUCAAUACGCCCUAUAUCUCAGCUUCUAUUUUGAGCCCUUACCCUGGACUUCCUCUUACUCACAUGAAUCGGAGGCCAACCAGUAAACCCCCCAUAUAUUUUAAUUGGCCAAACUGCCUCCCUAUUCUACUUCAUCAUCAUCCUAAUCCUCAUACCAAUAGCAGGCCUCUUAGAGAACAAAAUAGUUGAACCCACCUAUGUUACCCCUAAGU